AUGAUUGGGCGUCUGAAGUCAAGGGGAUACUCUGGAGGGUUGAGGAGCUCAGAGAUUUGUACACCAGAGAUGAAGACAUCAUAUGAUUGUGAGAACCCUAAGGAAUCUGAAUCACCCCGGUUUCAAGCUAUACUCUGGGUAACAAGUGCUCCUAGAAAAAGAUAUCCCACUGACAUCAAAAGUUUUUCCCAUGAAUUAAACUCAAAAGGCGUACGACCAUUCCCACUUUGGAAGCCUCGAGGUUUAAAUAACGUAGAGGAGGUUUUGUCAAUGAUACGGGGUAAGUUUGACAAAGCAAAGGAAGAAGUGGAUGUUGAUCUUCAUAUAUUUGUUGGGGAUUUACUUGGCAUUCUAGAAAAGAAUGCAGAGAGUCAACCGCAAUGGCAGGAAACUCUAGAGGACUUACUUGUGUUGGCUCAGAGGUGUUCCAUGACAUCUCCUGGAGAGUUUUGGUUGCAGUGUGAGGGGAUUGUUCAAGAACUGGACGAUAGGCACCAAGAGCUCCCCAUGGGUAUCUUGAAACAGCUUGACACCCGAAUGCUCUUCAUACUCAGAAGAUGUACAAGGCUCCUACAGUUCCAUAAAGAAAGCAGAUUGGUUGAAGAUGAACUUGUUCUUCAACUCCGUCAAUCCCUUCAUUCAGCAGAUAAACGAAUUCCUCCAAGACCCUUAAAACCACCAUCAUCAUCAUCAUCAUCAAGAAAAUCUUUCAAUCAGGAACAACACGAGAUGCUGGAACCCAAGAAAGAAAAACCCAUACUUAAAGCUCACCCCUCCAUGUCAUGUAGGACCCGCUUUGGUCCUAAAUCUGACCAAGGAAUGACCACAUCAUCUGCUGGCAGCAUGAAUCCUAGGUCGCCAUUGAUGACACCAAAAACUAGCCAGAUAGACUUGUUAUUGGCAGGGAAGGGUGCCUAUUCUGAACAUGAUGACCUUCCACAGAUGAAUGAGCUUGCUGAUAUUUCUCGAUGUGCUAGCAAUACGCCAUUGGAUGAUGACCGGUCUUUGUCGUAUCUGCUGACGUGUCUUGAUGACUUAAGAGUCGUGAUCGACCGGAGAAAGGUUGAUGCCCUGACCGUCGAGACAUUUGGAGCAGGCAUACAGAAGCUUAUACGGGAGAAGUAUUGGCAGAUGUGUGAGAUGGUUGAUGAUGAAAAAGUUGACAUCGCAAGCACGGUUAUCGAUGAAGAUGUUCCAUUGGAGGACGAUGUGGUACGGAGCUUCAGAACCAGCCCUAUGCAUUCUAGAAAUAAGGACCGCUCUUCCAUUGAUGACUUUGAGAUUAUAAAACCGAUUAGUCGUGGAGCAUUUGGGGGCGUCUUUUUAGCCAAAAAGAGAACCACAGGAGAUCCUUUCGCUAUAAAGGUUCUUAAGAAAGCUGACAUGAUCCGGAAGAAUGCGGUCGAGAGUAUAUUGGCAGAGCAUGAUAUUUUCAUAUCAAUUCUCAAUCCUUUUGUGGUCCGUUUCUUUUAUUCUUUUACUUGUCGCGAAAAUUUGUACCUUGUCAUGGAAUACUUGAAUGGCGGUGAUUUAUAUUCGUUAGUGAGAAACUUAGGCUACUUGGAUGAAGAUGUUGCUCGUAUAUACAUUGCAGAAGUGGUUCUUGCUUUGGAGUAUCUACAUUCUCUGCGUGUGGUUCACCUUCCUGUCAUAGUUGCUUCAACUGCUCCUUUUGACAAACAACCAGAAGUUGAUGUUAGUGAUGACGAGUUUCUACAAUUUGACACAACUGCAAUUCCUGUCAUAGUUACUUUAAACAAGGGUGCUGCAAAUAUAAAAGUGGCAGGAACAGAUAUGAACAACAAGAGCAGCCGGUCACAUAGUGUUUUCACCCGUUGGUUCUCAAAUAGGUCAAGUAUUGCUAUCAAGCAAUUAAAAUUUCAUUCACCAAUGGCGUAA